AUGAGCACCACACUUCCCUCUCAGAUAAAGAAUAAGAUUAAACGGGAAGAAAUUUAUGCCAAACAAAAACAGGAAAAAAGUCGCCACAAGAUCGAGCAAAGAGUAAAACGUCGAAAGGAAGAGGCUGAAGAUCCGGAGAAAAAAAAGGAACGCUUAUCGAAAAAUGUUCCUCGAACGCUUGAGAAUACCCGAGAAUUUGAUGAAACAGUGGUUGAACCCGAAGAUUCCGAAGUCCUCGAAGAUGAAAUGUCCGACGAAUUUUCGAAAUACUUUCAGGGAACGUCACCCAAGAUGCUCAUUACAACAAACAAAAGGCCAUCAAAGACUGCCUAUGAAUUUGCAUCAGAGUUAAUAGACGUUUUUCCCAAUAGCCAAUUUAUAAAAAGAAAUACCAAAUUUUCCAUCAAGCAAAUUAUUGAACAUUGCACGAAUCGAGAUUAUACGGAUGUCGUUGUUGUAAACGAGGACAAGAAAGUUCCAUAUGCCAUAACUUUGGUCCAUUUACCCGAUGGUCCAACUGCAUAUUUUAGACUGACAAGCAUUAAACUAAGUCGCGAAAUUAGAGGCCAUGGAAGAUCUUCAUUGCACAAACCCGAGUUAAUUCUCAAUAAUUUUAACACGCGCCUCGGUCACACCAUCGGCCGGUGGUUUCAAGCGUUGUUUCCGCAAGUUCCAGAAUUCCAAGGACGCCAGGUCGCAACCUUUCAUAAUCAACGUGAUUUCAUAUUUUUUAGGCGACAUAGAUACGUGUUUAAGAACAAGGAACGAGUCGAAUUGCAAGAGCUGGGCCCCAGAUUUACGCUCAAGCUGAAAUGGUUGCAAAAAGGCAAAUUUGAUAAAGAUGGCGAAUACGAGUGGAUGUUUAAGCCCGAGUUAGAAACAAGUCGGAGGAGAUUCUUUUUAUAA